GCUGUGACCUUUAUGUUUUGUACGCAGAGGAAAUAGUACACGCGAAGUUUCAGAAUAAAAGCAUUCGACUUUUCAUUGUCAAGCAGCCAGCAUAAUCGUGAACCUGUCUUUUCUUUCCUUUGUUUUUUCCUCCUCCCAAAACCGGAUAUUAGUUCUCAGCCAUCCUGCUGCAAGCAUUCUGAUCGCUACAUGGUUUGUUGUUUUUUUUGUCCACGCGUCACGCACUCGUGUGGCUUAGCAAACUCAGCACCGCGACGCGACGUUGCAGACGCACGAGGGGACAUAAUGUGACAUUUCCACGAGUGCUCGAGGAGCGAAGCCACGCCGCGGAUAUGCAGGGAUGCGGAGGUUAAAGAGGUUGAGGAGAUUAAGAUUGAGGCUGCCGGAGUGCGCGCUGCGCCACCCUCCCGAGCCGCUGCUCAGGCGGCCCGGGGUCCCUUUCGAUUAAGCAUCCUCCCAUCCCCGACUUGAUGCCGCGCCUGCAGGAUGGGGACUAGUUUCUCCAACCUGGCAGCCUUCCAGUCCCUGCACAUCGUCAUGCUCGGCUUGGACUCCGCGGGCAAAACCACCGUGCUCUACCGGCUCCGAUUCAACGAGUUCGUCAACACGGUGCCUACCAUCGGCUUCAACACGGAGAGGAUCCGGCUGGGCGGCGCGGGGACAUCCAGGGGCAUCAGCUGCCACUUCUGGGAUGUCGGCGGCCAAGAGAAGCUGCGGCCCCUGUGGAAGCCCUACAGCCGCUGCACGGACGGCAUCGUCUACGUGGUGGACUCGGUGGACGCCGAGCGGCUGGAGGAAGCCCGGACCGAGCUGCACAAGAUCACCCGCUUUUCCGAGAACCACGGGACCCCGCUGCUGGUCAUCGCCAACAAACAGGACCUGCCGCGGGCCCUGGACGUGGCCGACAUCGAGCGGCAGCUGGCCCUGUCCGAACUGAGCCCGUCCACGCCGUACCACGUCCAGCCCGCCUGCGCCAUUAUCGGCGAGGGUCUCCACGAGGGCAUGGACAAGUUGCACGAGAUGAUCGUCAAGAGGAGGAAAGCGCUCAAGCAGAAGAAGAAGAGGCAAUGAUAGGGAGCACAUUUCACAAUCUCCCAUGCAAAUGACACGCAUACGCAUGCGUGAUCGUAAAUCGUCGAGAUGAACGGUGACGACAAGCUUCUGGCCCCGUGGGAUCAGUCAGCAC